AUGGCGGCCUGUCUAGGGACCCUAAUUGUAACCAGGGUUAAACAAAAUCAAAACAAAAUUCCGGCCAGUUACUCGUGAUUGAUCAAGUCUUAAGCACAUGGUAUACUAAAAACAUUUCACGUUCAUUAUUCAUUUACAUCAUCCAGUUCCCCAAAAAUGAAGCUGAAAAACCUUCGGAAGAAUCCCUUCAGUGCUGCGAAACCAAAAGACGAUGUGGUGGAAGUUAAAGAGGAAAGUACAGAGGAACAGGCACCAGAAGAGGUUAGUUUCCCACAGGAUACAAAUUUCAAUCACAUAAAAUGCAAAGCUGUGAGGCAAAUGAAAGUUCAAAAAAUGAUGAAAGCCAAGACAAAGGCCAAAAAAGAAGCGAAGAAAGCUAGAAUUCAGUCUGGUGCCCCAAAACAAGUGCCCCACACAAUUGAGAGUCUUCGUGAAAAAGACGAGACCACGAUUGAUGGGGAUCUUGAUGCCGAGGAGAAUGCAGAACUAAAAACGGAAUUGAUGAAUGAUGAAUUCGCUGCCUAUUACAGAAAAGAUUAUGAGCCUAAAGUGCUGAUUACGUAUUGUGAUAAUCCAACGAGAAAAACACGAAUUUUUGGGCGAGAACUCACUCGUAUUAUUCCUAAUUCGCUAUCUCUGUAUCGAAAUCGUUCAGGGGUUAAGAAAAUGGUGAAAUCGGCGACUGCAAGAGGAUUUACUGAUAUCAUAGUUAUCAAUGAGAAUCAGUGCCAGCCCAAUGGUAUGUUAGUUGUCCACUUACCGGAUGGCCCAACAGCGCAAUUCAAGUUGAGUAACGUUAAGAUAACUCCAGAGUUGAAGAGAAGCCACAAAGAAAUUAGUGAACACAGGCCUGAAGUUAUACUGAAUAAUUUCACAACACGAUUGGGUUUCACUAUUGGGCGUAUGCUUGGAGCUCUCUUCCAUUACCAACCAGAAUUCAAGGGACGUAGGGCAGUUACCUUCCACAAUCAACGUGAUUAUAUCUUCUUCAGGCACCACAGAUACGAAUUCAAUUUGAAAACUGGGAAACCCCGUUUGAGAGAAUUGGGACCUCGAUUUACAUUGCGCCUUAGAUCCCUCCAGCAUGGAACAUUUGACAGCAAAUAUGGAGAAUACGAAUGGAUAAUUCAGGGCAAACGUCAUGCGAUGGAAACCAGCAGGAGGAAAUUCUUCUUGUAAAAUAAAAAAAUGUCUCAUUUUUUGAAUAAAGAAUUUCUCUGAGAAAAAAA